UAUAACGAGAGCCAUAAGGCCUUUCGCCUUGCAACUACUCCCGACUAUGUGGGAGAACCGACUCCCGAAGUCGAUGAGGCUUGGCAGCGUCUGCUUGGUGGUAGCGUCGCACAUCUUCAUAUCACCUGAGGAGGCAAAGUCACUGGAAGGAGACUUGUGGCAAGAGCCCGAGUCCGGGCUUUACACUGCACAUGUCACCGUGUUCCAUGAUCUUCAUUGCAUGAACAUGAUCAGAAAGGCGCUGCGUCUUGAACAUUAUCCAGAGCUAAGGAGCUAUGAUCUACAAGAUCACAUAGAUCACUGCGUUGACGUCGUCCGCGAGAGCCUCAUGUGUACCGGCGAAAUGACUCUGGUUCCAGUGAGAUGGUCGGAGAAUCGUGGCGCGCCAAAUCCAGAUUUCGCUGUGCCCCAUACCUGCCGUGACUACGAGGCACUGCGGACUUGGUCUCUGGCCCGUGAUGCGACCGAUCCAGCACGUUAUCCCGAGAACGCUAGGCGACUCCGUUCGCAAUGGGGAAUCGAAUAGGCGGAUUCCGAGGCCGAUUGUCACGCAUGCCUUUGGAUUGUGGUCAUCUCGUUGCGGUGUUGACUAGCUACAAUCAUGAAU